GAUUCCAAUCCCCAGUCGAGCCCAGGGAGAGCCUUUACACAGAUAGCAGAGCUCCGGGCAAUGACAACAAAGUUUGCCGUUUCCCUCACAAAAAGACGGACUUACGCUGGCAUAAAAGUGAUGAGAACCGCGUAUGGAAGAUAAUUUACACGUUGUUUAACAUGAGGACGAAACCGUAGGCAACUUUUUUUGUUGGGGGAAAGGAAAGGUUGACGGGUCAACAUGGAUGUUCGGGGGGGCGACAGUGCCGCUCUGAGCUGGAAUUAAGGCCGUUUUCUGGUCAGGGGAUUUUAUUGAGUCAUAAGUUGGAGUUAUCGCGAAGAACUCUAUGGAAAGAUGUUGACGCUGUCAGAGAGGCUUGGAGAGGACUUCCUUAUGACUGCAGCGGCGGGCACCCCGGUCACACCAGCCCCGGCGGGGCCCAACAUCUCCUGGUUCCCUGAACUCCCCUUGCUGAGCCAGGACCAGCCCACUUUCCUCAUGACCCCUGCAGCUCAGGCUGUGUCUGGCUUCUUUGUCUGGAUCGCCCUCAUCCUCACAUCUCACCAGAUCUACAUGCACCUGCGUUUCUACAGCUCGCCUCGGGAGCAGCGCCACAUCGUACGCAUCCUCUUCAUCGUUCCUAUCUACGCCUUUGACUCUUGGCUCAGCCUCCUCUUCUUCACCAAUGACCAGUACUACGUCUACUUUGACACCAUCAGGGACUGCUAUGAGGCAUUUGUCAUAUACAACUUCUUGAGCCUGUGUUACGAAUACCUCGGAGGAGAGAGCGCCAUCAUGGCAGAGAUUCGAGGGAAACCCAUUGAGUCCAGUUGCUUGUAUGGCACCUGCUGUCUGAGGGGAAAGGCCUACUCCAUCGGCUUUUUGCGCUUCUGUAAGCAGGCCACGCUGCAGUUUUGUGUGGUCAAACCUCUUAUGGCCACCGUCACGGUCGUCCUGCAGGCGUACGGCAAAUACAAAGACGGAGACUUCAACGUUGCCAGCGGUUACCUGUACGUCAGCAUCAUCUACAACAUCUCCGUCAGCUUGUCUCUGUACGCCCUCUUCCUCUUUUACUUUGCCACACGGGAGCUGCUCAGGCCUUACAGUCCAAUGCUCAAGUUCUUCAUGGUCAAAUCGGUCAUCUUCCUCUCCUUCUGGCAGGGCAUGUUGCUGGCCAUCAUGGAGAAGUGCGGCGCCAUCCCUCAGAUUAACUCGCUGGAGGUGUCCGUCGGCGAAGGCACUGUUGCUGCCGGCUACCAAAACUUUAUCAUUUGCAUCGAGAUGUUCUUUGCGGCGCUGGUCCUCCGUCCCGCUUUUCCGUACGUCGUCUACAUGGACAAAAGUCUGAACACACAUGGACCUCUUCCUACAUAUGGAGAGUUUGCCCACUGUGCCCCCAUGAAGAGCAUCUCCAGCAGCCUGAAGGAGACCAUGAACCCGGGUGACAUGGUCCAGGACGCCAUCCACAACUUCUCCCCGGCCUACCAGCAGUACACUCAACAGUCCACACUGGAGCAGGGGGUACCCCCGCCUGCCUCACGUUCACUCGGUAGCAUCGGCAGCCACGGGGAUACUGAGAAAACGCUCCUGCUGAGCUCCGACGAUGAAUUCUAGACAAGACAGACUGAUCUAUGAAUGGCAGAUUGCAUAAUAAAGAUUUUGUGUAUUUUAUCUCAUGACAGCAUGCAAGUAUAAACAAACACACUGUAAGCUAAUUUGGUUGCUUUCAUUAUGUUUUGAAUAACUUAGAUUUAGGCAAAUGUUGUCAGAUUUUAUAUACAACUCUGUGUUUGGGCCACAUUUUAUUCAGAUUAUGUUGCGACUUUGGCCUUUAUUUUGAAGGCUUGAGAUACCUACAUUUCCUCAGUCAUGAAAAUCUGAAAAAAACGUACGAAUUCCAAUUUUUGUAAGACGUUUGCAAUAAAUUGACAAGGUACUACAAA